UUUUGUUGAAUUUCACUCUGCCAAUCCCGAGUUAUUCACCCCUGAAAAAUAAUCAUUUUGCAUUCUUCUUCCCUACGUGAAUUAUUUUGGUUCAGCGACUUUUAUUGAUAACUCGACAACCGCAGAGUCAAAUCCCACGAUUUUUCUUUCAUUUGCAAGGUAUUUUCAUAGUCUUCAAAAUGAGAGGUGACUCGUCGAAAUCGUAUCGUUAAGUCAAGAGAUAUUGAUGAAUGAAUACAACACGUUUUACAAAUCAAUACAAGUGUUAUGUUUUUCUGGAUUAAUUGUCAAUAUGUGAAUGCAAUGACACGAACCUCGAUCUUGGAAGCUGAAAGCAACGUCAUUCGUGGUUGGAAUACAGAGAUCCUCAGUUAUCUGGUCCGCCUGCGGCAGACUAGGCCUCGGUGGCAGGUUCUUCCUCUUAUUUCCGAACAUAUUCACUCCAACUAUUUCUUCCUUUCGACAAAUAAUUAUUAUUCGCGUGGGAAUAUGUCACCGACUGACAAUUCCCCCUCCACCGACCCUCCCACAACAUGUCAACAUAACCUAGCUCGUGAAGGACGCUAAACACUGCUCACGUCCCAAAAAAUCAUCGGAAUGUUCUACCACAUCUCUUUGGAACACGAGAUCCUCCUCCAUCCGAGGUACUUUGGGCCCCAAUUGCUGGACACUGUCAAGCAGAAACUGUACACAGAGGUCGAGGGCACGUGCACUGGGAAGUACGGAUUCGUCGUGGCUGUGACGACGAUCGACAACAUCGGGGCUGGCAUCAUCCAGCCUGGCCAGGGCUUCGUCGUUUAUCCUGUCAAGUACAAGGCUAUUGUCUUCAGACCGUUCAAGGGGGAAGUGCUUGACGCCAUCGUCACACAGGUUAACAAAGUAGGAAUGUUUGCGGAAAUUGGACCCCUCUCCUGCUUCAUCUCUCACCACUCAAUUCCGGCUGACAUGCAAUUUUGUCCAAACGUCAGUCCCCCCUGCUACAAAUCUAAGGAAGAGGAUGUUGUCAUUCAAGCGGACGAUGAGAUCCGGUUGAAAAUCGUUGGCACACGUGUCGAUGCCACUGGAAUCUUCGCGAUUGGAACACUCAUGGACGACUACUUGGGAUUGAACUGCGAAUAAUUUUCACCUCCACCCUCAUGUGUAUAUAAAUCAAAUUGACUUUUAUUCAUAAAAUCAACAAACACGUAAAGCUCCAACUAUUCGCUUAAACUCUAGACACGAGAGACUGGAGAAAGUUUGCUGAUUACUUCUUACCAAUGAUCGAGAGCAACAUUUUUCACGUUUUGUAAUCAUAAAUAAAUAUGCAUAAGUGGAAUUAA